AACCAGCCAAGCGACACUUUCUGCGAGCUGUCUGAAUUCCCAUCGUCGCCAAUCCAUCUGUCGAAGGCGACAGCAGUAACGAGCUGUUUGUACUGAUCAUUCCCCCAUUUCUCUCGUUCGUUCCAGAUCUCAAAGCAGCCAUGCCGUCAGGUGCCAAGAAGAAGAAGAGAGCUGCUCGGAGGAAGGGCAAGGAGGAGCUCACAGAACAGGGCCUCGCCCACCCACCGGGUGAUAACCCCGUCGCUUCUUCAGACAAAGACCGCGACGCUAAGGAGAAAAGCAGCAGUAGCAGCAGCAGCAGCAGUAGCAGCGAUGAGGAGGAACAGAAAGAGGGCAAGGAGUCACUAGCUACUGAGGUUGCUCAGGUGGAAGAGGUGCCGGUUCCCGUGUCGGCAGAGGUCGAAGCUGUUAGCGUAGAGUCAGUUGACGUUGAUAAAUCUGGGGUGGACUUGGAGGAAUCAUCGGCAGUGACCGUGGCGUCGGUGGUUCCGACCGAUGCCCCGGUUCCUUUGGAAGAGGAGACUAUUGAAGCUGCUGAGGCCGCUGCAGAGACCAUGGAGACUUCCCUGGAGAUCCACUCAUUGUCGCAUGAGGUUGAAACGAAAUCAGUACCCAUUUUGGAAGAAACUCCUGUUUCAAUGGAAUUGCCUCGUGUUAGUGGCGAGCUCCCACCCGAUAGUAUGGCCCUUGAGCCCACUACGGCACCCGUGGCAGAACAUCGAGUUUCAUGCUUGAAUUGUUGUGGAUUGCUUGAUGUUAUUAUCGGCUCAAAAGAUAAUAUCAGAACAUGAGUUCUGGAGCAGUUGAUCACAUGCUUGAUUCCAUUGUUGAGCAAGUGAUUUUGAAACAACCAAGUAAACUCAACAGUUGUAACCAAGUAAGUGGUUUUGUGAUUGUGUGCAUCUCUAAUCGCACAGCUGUGCAAUAUCAUUGUGUGUCGCAUCUCGCUUCCUUGUGUGUGAGUGGACAUCUUUUUUAUGGUUAUCUUGUUUACAGUUUUGUGUCUCACCUCGAAGUAUAACUGCAAAUUUAUUUUGUUGCUUGAUUCUAUCCUGUACUCCUGCGACAUUCUCAACUUAUGUUUGGAUCAGCUAUAUGUUUCGGAAAGGCUUUAACCACCA